AUUACUGAGAAAAAGUAACCGCAAAAGUUAGGUAUAAUACAAGAAAAAACUCAAUUCAUAGACCGAUUGCAGAGGAAAAACUUCAUUUAUUACUUGCACCAGCCCAUCAAACUGUCUCUUUCUUUUCUUCAAUCUCUCCCCUUUUUAUUCAUUUCUUCCCCAGACAGUUCACGUUUCCUGUGUUUAACUCAACUCUGAACAAUUACUAUAAAAACGCAAUACCCAGUUCGCCAAUUUGGUUUUUGAGAGAGUUGAGGGUACCCCACAUCUUCAAAAGGAUUGGAAAUGGACUCUCAGGUCGUGGUUGCUCUUGGUUUGUCUCUUGUGGGUGGAUUGAGUACUUCUAUAGGUGCACUUGUUGUAAUUCUCAAUCAAGCUCCCAAUUUGAAGAUGCUUGGGCUUUUACAGGGCUUUGCCGCAGGUCUCAUGCUGUGCAUAUCAUUUCUAGAUUUGGCUCAUAAUGCCAUAAACUCAAUUGGCUUUUUAAAGGGCAACCUUUGGUUUUUUGCUGGUGUUAUUUUCUUUGCUGUUGUUGCCAAUUUCAUCCCAGAACCAUCACUUGCUCCAGGCUCAGAUCUAAAAAGUAACAAGAAUGGGGACGAUGGGGGCAAAGACAUAAUGAAAAAGCAUCGGCGGCAAGUCCUCUUUAGUGGCAUCAUUACUGCUAUUGGCAUAAGCUUGCACAAUUUUCCAGAGGGAAUGGCUGUUUUUCUUGGAUCAAUGAAGGGUCUCCGUGUUGGUCUUAAUUUGGCCUUGGCCAUUGCUCUGCACAACAUCCCUGAGGGUGUUGCUGUUGCCCUACCUGUUUAUUUUGCAACACAGAGCAAGUGGCAGGCAUUUAAAUUGGCAACACUUUCAGGUUUUGCUGAACCUCUUGGGGUUGUAAUUGUAGCCUACCUAUUCCCACGCAGCUUGAGUCCUGAAAUUCUUGAGGGCUUGCUAGGAUCAGUUGGUGGAGUGAUGGCUUUUCUAACAUUGCAUGAAAUGCUGCCUUUGGCUUUUGAUUAUGCGGGCCAGAAGCAAGCUGUUAAAGCUGUGUUCUUUGGGAUGGCUUUCAUGUCUGCAAGCUUAUAUUUUCUUGAAAUCAGCCUGCCCAAAGAUAUGAGCUUGUAGCUGUUACACAUGAUGUGUUGUACAUUCCUGAGCCUUGCCGAUGGGUUCCCAGAAAUUCCCCUUUUUCUUACUAGCAUCAAGGCCCUGUAUUAAUAUUCAGCUUUGUUAGAAUGAUGAUUAGAAUGAUAAACUGAUGUGUAUCUUUAGCCGAAAGAUUGAGGUGUAGCUUUUUUAGAAGGAUGUUGGUUCUUAUGCAUUACUGUGCUUCGUUGAAAUGUAACUUAAAAAAUUGAACAAUACAAGAACCAAAAAAAUCAUUUAUUAUCCAAUGAACUUCUUGUCAUUCUCA